UUCAUACACUCUGCGGUCUCCGAUGAUGUAAGCUUGGUUCUAUUUAAGCUGAUGAGAGAUGAGAGUUGAUCUCCGCGAAACAAUCGUCACAGUCCUGGUCCUGACUCACUCAUGACCAUUUAACCUUUGGACCCUCUCAUCUCUCUCUCUCUCUCUCUCUCUCGUUGGUUCUCUAUCUUCGCGAGGGAGAGAAAUGGCUGAAACUGAACAGAAAAUGGAAAAGAAUAUUGCAUUAACCGGAACUCCGGCCAAACGCCAGAACAAACGGUUCGCUAUGGCUUGUGCGACGAUAGCAUCCAUGGUUUCGAUUUUGCUGGGUUAUGAUAUUGGUGUGAUGAGUGGAGCUGUGAUUUUCAUCAAAGACAACUUGCAUAUAACUGACACACAAGUAGAAAUCCUGGUCGGGGUUUUCCACUUGUACUCUCUAAUCGGAUCAACAGCGGCAGGAAGAACAUCCGACUGGAUUGGUCGUCGAUGCACUAUUAUCUUUGCUGCUGUGAUCUUUUUUGUCGGGGCUCUAAUGAUGGGUCUUGCACCAAAUUACGCCUUCCUCAUGGUGGGUCGAUUCGUGGCCGGAAUCGGCGUCGGCUAUGCUCUCAUGAUCGCUCCAGUGUACACGGCCGAGGUGGCACCGACCUCUUGCCGAGGCUUCUUAACGUCGUUCCCUGAAGUCUUCAUCAACGGCGGAAUCUUACUUGGUUACGUUUCCAACUACGCCUUCGCUGGGCUCCCAAAUCACCUCAACUGGCGACUCAUGCUCGGAAUCGGAGCGAUCCCUUCAGUCCUCCUGGGUUUUGGCGUAAUGGGUAUGCCCGAGUCACCUCGUUGGCUGGUGAUGCAGGGCCGGCUCGGUGAGGCUAGACGGGUGCUCAACAAAACCUCUGAGUCUAAGGAGGAGGCCGAAUUUAGACUCGCCGAUAUCAAGGAGGCUGCCGGAAUACCAGCGGAGUGCAACGACGAGGUCAUCCAGGUUGCGAAACGCAGCCACGGAGAAGGUGUGUGGAAGGAGCUCCUCCUCCGCCCGUCACCGUCCGUUAGACGAAUACUAAUCGCAGCCAUCGGUAUACAUUUCUUCCAACAAUCUUCUGGCAUAGAUUCUGUGGUGUUAUACAGCCCACGGAUAUUCGAGAAGGCAGGGAUAACGAACAGAAACAAGAAAUUGGGAGCAACGGUAGCCGUCGGAUUCGUGAAGACCUGCUUCAUCUUGGUGGCUACGUUUCUUCUGGACAGAGUCGGACGGCGUCCAUUGCUUCUCAGCAGCGUUGCCGGCAUGAUAGUUUCUCUGGUGGGGCUAGCAACUGGGCUGACGGUAAUCGAAAAUUCAGACAAGAAGCUUCCGUGGGCCAUCGUCCUAUGUAUCAUGAUGGUAUUAACAUUCGUAGCUUCCUUCUCGAUCGGUCUGGGGCCCAUCACUUGGGUAUACAGCUCGGAGAUCUUCCCAUUGAGGCUGCGUGCUCAGGGCGCGGCCGUGGGAGUCGCAGUGAACCGGGUUACGAGUGGAGUCCUGGCGAUGACGUUCAUAUCACUGUACAAGGCCAUAACUAUUGGUGGUGCCUUCUUCUUGUACGGCGGAGUAGCAACGGUGGCGUGGUUCUUCUUUUUUACCUUCCUACCGGAAACACAGGGAAGAGCACUUGAGGAGACGGAGGAGUUGUUUGGUAACUUCAGAUGGAGAUCGGCGCUGACGAAGAAGAAGAUGAACAAGAACCAGAACCAGAGCCAGCUGGGCCAAGAACAGCCGACCGGUAUUAGUCAGGUUCAGUUAGGAACGACCAAAGGGCAACCCUAGUUUAGAGGCUAGGGCCCCUCCCUACCUACAGCUGCAAUAUGUGAAGUUACACAUUUAGCAUCUAUCUACUUUCCUAUUUUCUCUAGUUUAUCAUCCAAGUUGUAAGAAAGUCGUAACUCGUGAUGUGAGGUGUAGGGCCCGGGGUGGGUGUUGGAUUCCAAUCGAAUGCUUCUGAUUUGGACAGCCAAAUUUAUGUAAUUGAAAAAGGUGAAAGUGAAAGUGAAAAUGAGAAGGAAAAGAAAAUUAGUUUUUACUGUGACAGUUUCAGGCCUUAUUUUUGUUUGUUCA